AUUUUAUCCAGGGCUGAUGAUAAUACUGUAAUGGAGGCUGUUGAUCCAGAGGUUUCAGUUACAUGCAUGGAUUUGACCCAUGUAAAGAAGAGUUUCCAACUAGCACUACUGUGCACCAAGCGACACCCUUCGGAGAGACCAACCAUGCAGGAUGUGUCCAGGGUCUUGGUUUCAUUUCUUCCAGCUCCUCCUACAAAAGCUUCUCUUCUUCCAAAGCCUGUUGACUAUGCGAAAUUUGUCGUCAACAAUGGACAGCAGCAGCCAUCAGUUAUCCAGCAACAACAACCUCUGCAGGAAAACAACUCUUCUGAUGCCCAGUGGUUUGUCAGGUUCAAAGAAGUUAUAUCAAAGAACACUCUUUAA